AUGAACGGGCACUUCACGUUACUUCACGGCCACCUCCCGCCGUCGACGCGCGCCCGCGCCUUGCCCACCGCCCUCCAUCUCCCUAGCCACCCUUCCCUCCUCCGCCCUCCCUUAUUCUCUCGUAGUCGUCCUGCCUCACCUCCUUGCAUGCGCCUUCCCUCCUCUUGUGGUGUUCCUUCUUCUGCCGUUUUUGCACCACCUCCUCCUUCUCCCCUCACCCCAUCCGCCACUUCAACCUCCUCCUUCUCUCCUCAUUCCUUUCUCCCCUCUAUGCCUCUCCUCCCUUCCUCCACCUCCUUCCCCUUCGCAUCUGCCACCUGGCUACGUGUUACUGGUUGCCACUUCGUGAUCGUGACCCUUCUUCCUCCCCACACUCCGCUCCUUCACCCUCCUCCUCCUCUUCUCUCUCCCUCUAUUUCCCCCACCCUCUCACCUCUUCCUCCGCCUCUCUUCUCUCCCAAUCUAGUGCAGCUGGUAGCUGUCCGUGUUUUGUCUCCAAUCUUCUUCAACACCUUUCCUCCUCCUCUUGUUUCUCCCCUCAGAUGGCGCAGCAGCAGACUACUUCGCCGCUAUCCCUCCUCCACAUCUUUCUCCCCUCACAAGCGCAGCAGUAGACUACUUCGCUACUAUCUCUCCUCCUCUUGUUUCUCCCCUCAGCGGCGCAUCAACAGCCUACUCCGCCGUUGUCCCUCCUCUUAUUUCUCCCCUCAACACUUCGCCACAAUCCCUCCUCGUAUUUCUCCCCUCAGUGGUGCAUCAGCGGACGAUUUCGCCACUAUCCUUCCUCUUGUUUCUCCCCUAAGCGGCGCAGCAGCAGACUACUUUGCCGUUAUCCCUCCUCCUCUUAUUUCUCCCCUCACCGGCGCAGCAGCAGACUACUCAGCCGUUAUCCCUCCUCUUAUGUCUCCCCUCAGCGGUGCAGCAACGUACUACUUUGUCGUUAUCCCUCCUCUUAUUUCUCCCCUCAAUGGCUCAACAACUGACUACCUCGCCCCUAUUCCUCCUCUUAUUUCUCCCCUCAACGGCUCAGCACCUGACUACCUUGCCCCUAUUCCUCCUCUUUUAUCUCCCCACAUCUGCUCCAUUACUAUCCCCUCCCCCAUCUCGCUGGCCAGCACCGCACAGGGCCCACCAGUCCUCCUCCCCCCUGGGGAGCUCGCUGGCCAGCAACGCACAGGACCCACCGGUCCUCUUCCCCCCUGGGGAGCUCGCUGGCCAGCACCGCACAGGACCCACCGGUCCUCCUCCCCCCUGGGGAGCUCGCUGGCCAGCACCGCACAAGACCCACCGGUCCUCCUCCCCACUGGGGAUCUCGCUGGCCAGCACCGCAUAGGACCCACCGGUCCUCCUCCCCCCUGGGGAGCUCGCUGGCCAGCACCGCACAGGACCCACCGGCCCUCCUCCCCCCUGGGGAGCUCGCUGGCCAGCACCGCACAGGACCCACCGGUCCUCCUCCCCCCUGGGGAGCUCGCUGGCCAGCACCGCACAGGACCCACCGGUCCUCCUCCCCCCUCGGGAGCUCGCUGGCCAGCACCGCACAGGACCCACCGGUCCUCCUCCCCCCUGGGGAGCUCGCUGGCCAGCACCGCACGGGAGCGCAUGGGGUUGUGCCAAUUGUUUGCCGCAGUCUUUCUUCGCCGAUGGUCUCUCAUGGCGACCCAAAGCUAUGGUAGUUGCCUCGCACCGAUUUACUGCGAUAAGAGGUAA